AUGGUAAACGGAAUGGGUUUUGAAAUCCAAACAGCAAAUGAUCACCAACAGGCAACACUUUGUAAGAGUAUUUCUUCAAUGUUUAGGGAUCCUUGUUUAGUUUUAUUCAACGAAUUUCGCAUUCAUUUAAUAGAUAGGCAAUCUCUUUAUAACUUGAAGAUUAGAUUUGCAAGAUAUAGUUACAAAAAAUACAACAACUCCAAUGUUUAUGAAAAUAUUUUCGUAUUCUUACAUCUAAAUUUCUUCGAAAAUAAAAUUUUUAUGCUGAAGUCUAAAAGCUCUAGAAUAUGCAGUGAUUUUGCUGCAUUUCAGGAUCGUAAAUUAGACUGUGGUUUGUUUAAGCUGCUUGACGCGGUCGCACGUUUGAACGAUUUUAAACGUGACGGCAAAAUGACUGAAAUCGACGACAGCCUGACAGCAAUGGAUUGGCUCGUUAAUCCCGCAAUUGACCUACUUUCGGGACUAAAAAUUAAUGCCUUUUUGUUUGAUCAAGUUUCCCAAUCGGAAACGAGGGACUAUAUGCGUGGGAACAUAAAAUCCGAACCCACCCACCCAGAUAAACCUCCUUACAGUUACGCCGAAUUGAUCAAAAAGGCAAUAGAGUCUUCUCCUCAGCAUAAAAUGACCCUAAAUGAAAUUUAUGAAUGGAUCUGCAGGAAUUUUCCUUACUACCGCGAUGGCCAAAACGGAUGGAAGAACUCGAUACGACACAACCUCUCACUUAAUCGAUCAUUUCGGAAAAUAGCAAGGCGACCAAAUGAACCUGGCAGAGGGUCGUUCUGGCGAAUUAUUGGUGAUAAGAAUAAAUUCAAGCCACCCAUUUUUACCAAAACUCAACAGUCUUUAAAACUGUGGUAA